CAUAACACGGCGUGCGACUCAGUCAGCGGCCGGCCAGAGCCCUCGCCUCUCUGCUUUAGAAAAACAAGAGUUGAAAUGAUGGUGCAAAAAUAGCUGAGGGUCGGGACUCUACCCAGAUAUUCCCAUCACAUAGGGUCUUCUGGGAUCCCUCAGGUUUCACUCUAAGGCAGAGGUUUGCACACUCUGACACACAUAAGUUGUAAGUGGAGUCUUGCCCCUCAACCACAUCCAGCCAACGGGGCCCCGCGUAACCCGACUGCCCGAGAGCCCUUUGCAAGAUGCCCGGGCUGUGGUGCGGUUGCAUCAGCCUCUGGGCAGUACAGAUUCUCCGGCUGUGCCCGUUUUCCUGUCCAGUCCCUGAGCUGUUGCCAACUCGCUGUCCUCUGAGGUUUGUGGUGUUCCACAGAACAGGCGUGGGUGUGGAGUCGAACACCUCAUAAAAGUGCCUGUUUCUCCACACACGCAGCAGGUGGUGUGGAUUCGCCCUGUUCCUGUGGGGAGCCCAUUUCUGGGCUUAACUGGGCAACAUCGCAUUCUCAGGAAAGAACGCUGCCGUCUUCCUCGGAGGGACCCGGAUGGAGACUAGACGAAGCCGGCCUUCACUAGACACCUGGCACAAACGGUUUGCCAUGAGCAGAGGGGUGAAUUGCUUUCCCGGGUGGGCACAAGGUCGUUCAUCAGUGACACAGCUCCCUUGUGUCUAGUGGGAUCUCAUCGCGCCCACUGGGGUCCACGCUCAGAAAUGUCGGUCUGUGGGUGGCGUCUCUGCAGGAGGCAUCCCUUCAGCCUGACCUUUGUUAGCUCUGGUGACUGGGAAGAUGGAUGCUCAUUUCCUGAAUGUCAACAAUGAGCUUUUAAACUGAGCAUGUGUUUUCCCAGCCCUGUGUGUAAUGAGGUGACAAAAUGAGUAGAGAUAAAACUGGUGUGAGGCAGUCUGACUGCCUUAUUAUUAUUUCCCUUGCCCCCUCCCCCAACCUGGUAGCAGCUGCCACCCCCAGGCAUGACAAGGGGACCUGUUAAUGGGUAUUUAAGCCAUAGCACCGGAUGGACCUCCAUUAACCCCAGAAGCCUUUGGACAGCAAAAGGAGAGAUACACCCCAGUACCGUGGAGACAUGGAGAGCCCUCCACCCUGAUACAAACCUGUGAGGUGAUCCACAAACCCAAGCACCAAGAACUCAUUUCCGGUCCUUGUCAGAUGGGCAUUGGUGCCAUUCGCUAACCAGGAUGGAAACCAUGCCCUUAAAUUCUCCGAAGGAGGUCUCGGCCUGCAAGGAUGGAGAAGACUGUCAGGAAAACGGAGUUCUACAGAAGGGCGUCCCUGCCCCAGGAGAUAAAGCAGAGUCGGGCCAAAUAUCCAAUGGGUACUCAGCAGUUCCGAGCCCUGGUGCGGAGGAUGACACGCGGCACACUAUCCCGGCUGCCACCACCACCACCCUAGUGGCUGAGGUCCACCAAGGGGAGCGGGAGACCUGGGGAAAGAAAGUGGAUUUCCUCCUCUCCGUCAUUGGCUACGCUGUGGACCUGGGCAACGUCUGGCGCUUUCCCUACAUUUGCUACCAGAACGGCGGGGGGGCGUUCCUCCUCCCCUACACCAUCAUGGCCAUUUUUGGGGGGAUCCCGCUCUUUUACAUGGAGCUCGCGCUGGGGCAGUACCAUCGCAACGGAUGCAUUUCGAUAUGGAGGAAAAUCUGCCCGAUUUUCAAAGGGAUUGGUUACGCCAUUUGCAUCAUUGCCUUUUACAUUGCCUCGUACUACAACACCAUCAUGGCCUGGGCACUGUACUACCUCAUCUCCUCCUUCACGGACCAGCUGCCCUGGACCAGCUGCAAGAACUCCUGGAACACUGGCAACUGCACCAACUACUUCUCUGAGGGCAACAUCACCUGGACGCUCCAUUCCACAUCCCCUGCUGAAGAGUUUUACACGCGCCACGUCCUGCAGAUCCACCGGUCCAAGGGACUCCAGGACCUGGGUGGCAUCAGCUGGCAGCUUGCCCUCUGCAUCAUGCUGAUCUUCACUGUUAUCUACUUCAGCAUCUGGAAAGGUGUCAAAACAUCUGGCAAGGUGGUGUGGGUGACAGCCACCUUCCCUUACAUCAUCCUUUCGGUCCUGCUGGUGAGGGGGGCCACCCUACCCGGAGCCUGGAGGGGUGUUCUUUUCUACUUGAAACCCAACUGGCAGAAACUUCUGGAGACAGGGGUAUGGGUGGAUGCUGCUGCUCAGAUCUUCUUCUCUCUUGGUCCGGGCUUUGGGGUCCUGCUGGCUUUUGCUAGCUACAACAAAUUCCACAACAACUGUUACCAAGAUGCCCUGGUGACCAGUGCGGUGAACUGCAUGACCAGCUUCGUUUCGGGAUUUGUCAUCUUCACGGUGCUAGGGUACAUGGCUGAGAUGAGGAACGAAGAUGUGUCUGAGGUGGCCAAAGAUGCAGGGCCCAGCCUCCUCUUCAUCACAUACGCGGAAGCUAUAGCCAACAUGCCAGCGUCCACGUUCUUUGCCAUCAUCUUCUUCCUAAUGUUAAUCACACUGGGCUUGGACAGCACGUUUGCAGGCUUGGAGGGGGUGAUCACGGCUGUGUUGGAUGAAUUCCCACACAUCUGGGCCAAACGCCGGGAGUGGUUUGUACUUGCCGUGGUCAUUACCUGCUUCUUCGGAUCCCUGACCACCCUGACUUUUGGCGGGGCCUACGUGGUGAAGCUGCUGGAGGAGUAUGCCACGGGGCCUGCCGUGCUUACUGUCGUACUUAUAGAAGCCAUUGCUGUGUCUUGGUUCUAUGGCAUCACUCAGUUCUGCAGUGAUGUGAAGGAAAUGCUUGGCUUCAGCCCUGGAUGGUUUUGGAGGAUCUGCUGGGUGGCCAUCAGCCCUGUGUUUCUCCUGUUCAUCCUUUGCAGUUUUUUGAUGAGCCCACCACAGCUACGACUUUUCAAUUAUAAUUAUCCCCACUGGUCUGUCAUCCUGGGGUACUGCAUAGGAACUUCAUCUUUCAUCUGUAUCCCCACAUACAUAACUUACCGGCUGAUCAUCACUCCAGGGACAUUCAAGGAGCGCAUUAUUAAAAGUAUCACUCCAGAAACACCAACAGAAAUUCUGUGGGGACAUCCGCUUGAAUGUUGUGUAACACACUUCGACGAGAGGCAAAAGGCUUCCCAACAACCUCUUCCUUCAGUUCUGACGAGUCACGCCUCGCCUCUCCCCUCUAAGUGAAUGAGUUUCCAGCAUAAGCCUGACAAUGGAAGGGCCUUCUCCACAGACACACAGUCCCAAGAAACUACGGUGCCCGGACUCAGAUGGCCUCCAGCCACUCCUUCCCAUGAAAUCUCCUGGACAUAUUCCCACGUUAGACUGUGCCGCAGCUGAACUGGCCUAUUUUGGAUGUGUGAGGGUGUGUAUGGAGGUGAUAAAAACCACCCUAUCAUCAGUUAGGAGUAGGUUUAAAAUCAAGUCUGUGAAAAAGUCUCCUAUAUCAUUUCUUGGUAUCUGACAUCUGUUUGCUUCUAAAGGUUUCACUGUUCAUGAAUGCAUAAACCACGCAGGAGAAAACAGGGAUGAUGUCUUCUUGCUAGCCAUAUAUUUUCCGAGUAGCAUAGAAUUCUAUAGCUAGACUCUACUAGAACCCUCUAACCUGUGUGUGCUGCUGUGGAGUCAGGAGAGGAAGAUGUAAGAAGCUAAAAUUGAAAAAUAACGUGUACAUGUGAGCAUGUGUGUCUGUGUAUAUAUUGUUGUUUCAGUGUAUUCUUAUCUCUACUCCAAUACUUUGGGCCCAUCACAAACUAUGAAUUUCCUCUAAUUUUUCUUACAUUAACAAAUUCUCCCUACUCAAAUGUGUAUGUAUGUGAUUGUUUGAGGGCUACAAUUCCUACAACAUGCUCUGCCACCUUUACCUUUUCCAGUGACACUACUUUAGCCCACACGCCUUCCUUUAUGGGCCAGCCUUUUGCAUUUUCUGUACUUCAUUGCGGUCUUCCUGUCUCUCCGUGCUAAACAUUAAGGAUAAUGUUCCACAGGCAAAUCUGGCCUAUUUCGUUUUAGUCACUGUGGCUUGGCUGUAAACUACUUUGAAGAUGGAUCUUGACACGUGCACCUUCAGUGUUCAGCUGGCCAUCUCGUUUAAGCUCUAUCUACUGCAAACGACUGAAUUUGUUCUGGUUACUUUGCUUUGCAAAGAGAGGGUAAAUCUGAUUCUCAGCCUUAGGGUUUAUAGCUCUGGCACCCUAACCUAAACCAAAGGCAUCUUCAAUCCAUGAGCAAUUGAAGAGUCUGGGUUAGCCUUAAAAUGGGCUUUCCCCUCUGCCUUGACCCUUGCCAAUGGUCAUGAUUGUGGGCCCCCCAGAUAAUUUUCAAGACUGAGUCUAAGUAAAGUUGCUUGCGAAAUGGUCAUCUAAGUAAAUGACCUUUCAUUCCACAUAAAGCACCUACUACAGAUAAUUUGGCCUUGGUGGCUUGACUCUCAGAUACAUAAGUAGAGAAGCAAAUAUUACCUUGUGGUGUGGGAUUUCCUUAUCAAAAUCUUGAAGGGAAUAAAGCCUUAUCAGUGACAAAAGGACUUAA